AUGGAAAGUAAUAUACGAUCUAACUGUACUUUUCGGGAUAGGAAGUUUAAAGAAUUGGAAUAUCCUUUACCAAACGAUAUAAAUGAAACGAUUAGAUUGAAAAUGCAAUAUUAUGUUAUAAAUUACACUUGGGAAGGAAAAAAUUAUCUUUCUCCUAUAGACAAACAAUUCAAAACAGGUGGUUUAAAGGUUCUUGAUGUAGGUUGUGGAUCAGGAGAAUGGCUCCUUAACAUGAGCAACGAACAUCCAAACUGCACAUUUGUCGGGAUCGACAUUUCAUCGAUAAUGUUAAAUCAAGAAUCACGUCCUACAAACUUGGGAUUCAUUCAAUGUGAUGCUCUUUAUGGAAUUCCCUUUCCUCCAAAUACCUUUGAUUUCAUUUACUCAGCAAACAUGUUUACAGAACGGAAAGAGGCCGAUUGGUCAUUUAUAAUUGAAGAUAUGGUACGAUGUGUUAAACAAGGUGGUUGGAUAGAAUUAAUGGAAGGAGCCUACGAAUUUAUAAAUGUUGGCCCUAUAAUGAAAAAAUUAGUGGAUGCAACAAAGCAAUGCUUUAUUUCUAAAGGGAUAAAUUUAAAUGUAAAACCGUAUAUUAAAGGUUAUCUGGAAUCCACGGGUAAAUUGGGAACCGAUGUUUUUAUUAAAGAAGCCGUCAUUACUUUUUGGGGAAAUAACCUUGGAGAACUCGCUUUCAAACUCUUCAAAAGAGCACAUAUUUCCAUUGGAAUGCAUAGUUACAUGAAUAUGAAAGAAUCAGAAUUUGAAAAAAAUGUUUGA